AUGUCAUUUAAAUCAAAGGACCUCGCAUAUGAGGCGAAGCAGCCUGCCUUCUUACAGAGACUCAAAAACCAAUACGGAGAUACCUCUGGUCGCCUCGAAAGACCCAUUGCACGGCCACGGAAACCGAGGGACGACAAUGACGACGACGGCCCUACCUACGUUGAUGAAGAGAGCAACGAAAUCAUCUCCAAGGAGGAAUAUGAAGCCUUAGUUCGUGGCGAGGAUAACAAGGAUACGGAGAACUCCAAUAAAGAUACACAAGAGCCUGCGACGGGCGAAGAAGGUAAAGCAAAUACCCAGGCCGAGGCACCUGUCUCCAAACAGAACGUGGCCGAAAUAGGAGGGCCACGGAAAAGGAAACAGGCCAAAGUAGUAGGAGAAGACACUCCCAGUGAAGAGACCGAGAAGGUACAAAAGAAAGAACCAGGCACUCGGAAACCAAAGCAAAAGAAGAAGAUCAAGCUGUCCUUCGAUGAAGAUGACUCAUAA